UUACAAAUUCAAAGAACUCUUUCUGAUGAAAUAACAUCAAAAAAAGUAACGUGAAAAUUUCCUCAAUGCAUUUGCAAAUUAUCUUAAUAAAACCCUCAUUUCAAUAAUUUUUGCAAGCAUCGUCGUCGUUUCAUGUGUACGAUUAGAAAAUCUUCUUCUCGAAUGUCUAAUUCAUCAGCUCAUUCCUCAUUCGGUACAUCAAAUGACUCGUUUUCUUCAGUCCAAAGUGUGAUUCUGCCACCAGUUGGACCAUUUGGUCAGAAAAAGAGAACGUUUGAGUACAUUGGUGUCACACUUGUUGUCGAUAAGUUGAAAUUGGCUGAAUGGAUGAACGGGAUCGGGAAAUUGUUUGGAUCCGCAGAGCUCCGUGAUAAUGUUACCAAUCUUCAUAUGCAAUUGGUCCCGGUGAUUGAUACGUUAAAAAAGGUUUCCCAUCUAUCAAGUGAAAAAACGAAAAAAGAGAUCAUGACACUGAUUGAAGAAUACAAAACACUUGUCGUUGUUUGUGAGAAUAUGCUGGACAGAAUGGAAAAAUCGGCUGACUUCCACAGUACGGAUAUGCUUAAUGAUCCUGUUCUUGAGAAACAAGAGUAAAUUUCUGUCCCUUUAUCGAUUGAAUGAAUGCAGUUGCGCUUU